GCGCCCUGCGUUUCCCAGGCUGCCUUGCGCGGGAGAGGAGGGCAAGAUGGCGCCGGUGGAACACGUUGUGGCCGACGCGGGGGCUUUUCUGAAGGCAGCCCCGCUCCAGGACAUCGGCCAGAACGUCUACACUGUGCGGGAGGUGGUGGCUGAGAUCCGGGACAAGGAGACCAAGCGUCGCCUGGCAGUCCUUCCUUAUCAGCUCAACUUCAAACAGCCCUUCCCCGAAUACAUCCGCCUGGUGACCGAGUUUUCCAAGAAGACAGGUGACUAUCCCAGCCUUUCUGCCACAGACUUAAAGGUUCUGGCUUUGACUUACCAGCUGGAAGCUGAGAAUGUUGGUAUUGUUCACCUGAAGAUGGAACCAGAGCAGAAGGUGAGGGUCAGCUCCACGAAGCAUCACCCCGAGACCCUUGUCCAUGUGGCCGGAUUCCACCUCCCUUCCAAGACUAAGCACUUUGGAGGUGAAAAGGAGCCUUCAACGAGAGAGAGACAAGAGCAGGCAGAGGUCGCCGGCCCCGAAGACUCUGAGUUUGGCUCCUUCCUGUUCUGGAGGAACCCACUGCCCAGUAUAGAGGAAGACCUGCAGGCCUUACUGGAUGCGGAUGCCGUCUGUGUGGGACCCGAAGACCCCAAGGGCCAGGAGAGCGAGGAGGAGGAGGGGGAAAGUGAUGAAGAUGAGGAGGAAGGCUGGAUCACGCCCAGCAACAUCAGGCAGAUACAGCAAGAGUUGGGCCAAGGGGCCGAGCCAGAAGGAGUGAAAGUGGGCUGCCUGACCACCGACUUCGCCAUGCAGAACGUCCUGCUGCAGAUGGGUUUGCAUGUCCUGGCGGUGGACGGACUCCUCAUCCGCCAGGCUAGGAGCUACGUCCUGCGCUGCCAUGGAUGCUUCAAGACAACCUCAGACAUGACGCGGCUCUUCUGCCCGCAUUGUGGCAACAAGACCCUCAAGAAAGUGGCAGUGUCCGUGGCCGAUGAUGGCAGUCUCCACUUGCAUUUCUCCCGGAACCCAAAGGUCCUGAACCCGCGUGGACUGAGGCACCCGCUCCCUGCACCUCAAGGGGGGAAGCACGGCAGCAACCCUCACUUGGUCUGGGACCAGCGCUUCCCACAGCAACGCCCUUCCCGCAAGGCCAGGCAGAAGACAGACGCCUUGGCUCCAGACUACCUGGCAGGCCUCUCACCGUUCGUGGAGAACGAUGUCCACAGCCGGGCCGCCAGUCUCCAGAUACGGGACGCAGCACAAGGAGCCGGGCGCAGGCGCAUGAACCCCAACGCAGCGGCCGGCAAGAGAUGCGGCAAGAAGAGGUGAAGCCGGGGGGCGCCAUCUGGACUGGGUUCGUGACCCUGGAAGAGGAGGAGAAGGAAGAGAAAGAAGAAGGCCUUCCUCUUCCUGCAAAGAGUUGGGCCCUAGUUGGCAAAUAGGACAGUCCUUGCCCUACUCGUCUUACACCACAGACACAAGAGGAGCGGGAGCACCAGAGAGGCUUUAGGGAAGGCAGAAAGCACAACCAGUUAGGACAUCGGCUUCUUGGACAAAUAGCCAUGGAGAGCUUUCAAAUAAACUAGCCUUUUCCCCCUGCACUCUCUCGUUUUCUUGGUGAAACUCUUAAUGGGGAAGAUAAGCAGCUCUGUUGCUUGUAGGCCCCCAAAAUGUCAUAAUCGUCGCAGGGCAGUUACAUUUUUUAUUCAGAUAGGCUUUUACAGAAGGAACAGUUUUUAAAAGACGUAGUCACAGGAUGUUGUGUGGUGUUUUAUGCAUUUGAAGGCACUUUUGAUGCUGUUAAUUAUUCAUUUUUUUAAUCAGUGGUUCCCAACCUGUGGUCCAGGGACUAUCAGUGGUCCACAAGAACUGAAAGAUGGUCCCCGGCCUCAAUGUUAGCACACCGUUGCAAUGAGAGCAAAGUGGUCUCGCAAAACCCUCUUAUAGUGCCAAGGCUUAUUAAAUAUGGUUUUCUGUGGGUGAGCAGAUGGCGACUACUGGAUGGCAUAUGUUCUGUAUCAGAAACUAGAGCUGAUGUGGUCUAUCCAAUGCAAUUUUCUGAACCAGCACCAGAUAACCAAACUGAAUCUAAAGUUGACCAAAAACCAAUUCAUAGCCCUUUUGGUACUAAUGUUGGUCAAAGUUCUCCCUAGUCAAAAAAAGGUUGGGAAUCACUGUUUUAAAUAGUGCUAGGAUUAAUUGUAUUUUAACAUUUAUAGUCUUUUGAUUUAGAAAUGUGUAUUGUAUUGUCUUUACCACUGUUCACUGCGUGGAGUCUCUUGAAGAGGUUAGGGAAAACCUUUUGUAAAUAAACCUAUAAUAACUAAUAAUACAA